AUGCGCAAGUUCAGAUGCGACAAUUUGACCCCCGAGGCUGCACCCACAAGCUCAAAGUCCAUGGCCAUAGGAUCAAAAUCACUGGUCGUAGAAUUGCAAUCACUCCGUCGGAUUGUCUCGGAUAGUGAAUAUCGCAUAUACGAUGCCAUUUUCAGCUGGCUGCAUGGCUUGCUGGCCUCAACCGAACCCGUCUCCCAAACAGCACACCCGAAGUCGUUGCUAGGAAUGUGUCUUCGCAGGAUACCAGAUGCGAUAGCCGUGAUAGAGGAAUGGGAUCGUCAGACUGCGGCAAAGGAAGGAAAAACUUCCAAGUGGCAAUCAUCUAAAGCAUCUGCAGAACUCUACGAUCAACUCGAGGGAUUUGGUACUUCAAGUCUGGGUUGGAAGCCCCUCAAGAUUGUUGUCCGUGCGCAUGCUCUAUGUCUCUUGGCAACUGCUGUGACAGAAGGUCUCCUCGAACCUCCGUUUGUACGACUGUUGGCCGAUCUUUGUCUCAGUCUUGACUGCAAGGCAGAAGCCGCGAGACUUGUCUCAAGCCUGAGGCUUCCUUUGGCAGCACCUCGUGGUACGUCAAGUACCUUGAUCGAGAGCAGUACGGUACAGCCUCUGGGUGUUAUAGUAAGAAGCUUACAGGGUCGGGGAACAAUCGGCCCAUCGUGGGACUGCCUCUCGAACCUUAUCAACACCAAGAAGUUAUCUCUGACCUGGCUGACAUCACGGGCGUUUCAGUCAGUAUGGAUGCGAGGAAUUGAAAUCCUGCUACAUUCCAGAAAACCUGUCCCCUCAGUCGUCGAGUUUAUGUGCAAGGCUCUAGACCAGCUUAUGUUGGACAGCGGUAAAGCGAAGGAGAAAGAACAGCCUACAGAAGAUCAGACACUGAUCAGUGUUCUGGCCGCGAUGACGGCAGCGAUUUGGACAAAGAGUGUUGAUAUGAGUGAUGAAGAGCCUUGGAAAGCUCACGCCAUUCGACGACUAAUCUUCACACUCGAAAUGUGCGUCACACAGCAACGAACUCGUCGCGGGGCGUUUCGAAGCAGCGGAUUUUUGACACUGGUUUUAGCCCGAUUCUUGGCCACGAGUUUGAUCGACGGGAAAGUGGGCAGUUUAUCAGCGAGGAAUCUGGCGAUUUACGACUGUGUGAAACCGUUGACAGCAAGAAACGGUUCCCCAACUAAACCUCAGUAUCGACAAACUCUCUUGCUGGCUUGCUGUGUUGCACAAUACCGGGGACAAGCAUGUGGCCUGGCUUGCCACGACGUCUUGUCCGAGAUUCGUACACGUUUAAAUGAACUGAGGCUGCCUGAUUGGUUUCAAGAAGGUCUGGUGUCCGACGGGGCGUUUGUUUUGGCACAGAAAACGAAGGACCUCCGAGACGUUGCUUUUGCUGAAAGAUUUCCCACCGCUGGCAAGGGAGUCGUCGAAACAAGCACCAUGUUCUCGGGCUGGAAGUGGGAGGAAGGGAUUGGCGAAUGGGUUCUCCCCAGCCCCGGCAAGGAACGAGGAAGCGAGCUGAGACAGCAAAGCCAAAGUCGAGACAGAACGAGCUACAGAACAGGCACAGAUCGUCGACCAGAUAGUCGAGCGCGGACGACAGGCCUGAGUGGGAAGACGGGCCGCAAUCUCAGGCGCAGAAACGACCAAGAUAGCUCGGUAGGAAGUGACAAGGAUGCUGGCAAUCAUGAUGAAACGGACGACACCGACAGGGAGGAUGAGAAUGAUACGAGCACAACCAGCAUUACGGAUAUUGACGAAGAGCAAGACAGCGGAGAUGAGCUUGGCGAGUGUGCACAGAUGAUGGACUGCAGCCCCAGGAAAACAUUGGGACGAACACAUGGUAGUAACGGCAGCGACAGAAGCAGUAGCAAGAAUAUCAAGAGCGUGAAGAGAGUCAGGCGCUUGGAUAUUGCAAGGACGUGGCAGGAAAAUAGGCCUAAUAGAGUCGCUGUAGGAACAUCAUUGGCAGAGCCUGGAGAGGACGAUAUGGAUGACGAACUCAGCAUACUUUGA